CUCGUGUGUGAUGGGUUAAGUCUUUUUCCCCUCUCUCUACUGCUACUGAAUAGACGAUCUAACUUAGGGUUUAUGGUUUUGUGUCGUAAAAUUGAAGAUUGAUUUCCGGAAGAUAGAGAAAUUGGUUUGAGGUUCUUUCUAGUGUUAAUUUCAGUGGAGAAUCUAUGGAAAGGAGGCAUGAUGAAAAUGUUAUAGAGGAGCAGACAGUAGAAUUUGAGAAAGGAAACAAGACUUCUAUAGCUGUAUAUCGAUAUCCUGAUCAUUACACAAAGGAUACUGCCUUUGGAAUUACAGAUAUAUAUCUUCAUAAUUUGCCUGAUGAUUACGGUAUUGGGGAGGUUUCGUAAACCUUAUAUGCAUCUUGGUGUAGAUCCAGUUUCCAAACUAGAGAGACCUCUUUAUCUUGUUAUUGGUGAUGUAAUAGUACCUGCAAAUUGUGUUGCUAAACAUGAAUACCGAGCUUUAUUCAUUCCUAAUCUUCCUGGAGAGGUUGAACUCUUUAUCAGUCUAAAUGGCAUGACACCUGCCAGUCAAAUUAUAAAACUUACAUUCCCUAAAACCAAGAAAUCACAGAGUGAAACUCAACUCGAAGAAAAGUUAGCUAACCUUUUGGCUACUAAUGAAAAAGAUCGUAAAAGUUUGAUGAGAAAAUUGAAACAAUGUGAUAACAAGAAAACCUACUCAGAAAGGAUUUUGAGGGAAUAUUUGAAGGAUUGGCUAUUUGAUAACUGUAGAACUGUAAACUGCAUUGAUGGGAAAGGUCAUCAAAUUAUCCAUCUCUUUGCUAGCCUUGGCUAUGCAUGGGCAAUAGCGAUAUUCAAGCGCUUCGGUUUCACAUUUGAUGCUAAGCAUGGAACUGGUUGGACGCCACUACACUGCGCAGCAUUCUAUGGGAGGAAAGGAGCUGCUACAGCACUAUUGAUUGGACGGGCAGAUCCAACUUUACUUACUACACCAAUUACUGAUUAUCCCAAUGAGCGCACUGCUGCAGAUAUUGCAUUGGAACAGGGCCAUUAUCAGCUAUCUGAGUAUCUUGCUGAUUUUACAGAAAACCCGGAGAAGAGAGUGUGUUAGAGCUACAAGCUAGAAAUGUGGUUUAAUUUUGUUCUCAUUUCUGGAAGAUCGCGGCAGAAAAGAUCUGAUAGUUGAAAAAGUACCCACCACACCAUCAACUUCAAAUGUUUUUCUUGCUUUACUCUGUAUAUAGUUUGGUAGAAGGUUUAUCAAGGAAACAGUUUCAAAGAUUUAGUAUACUAACUUUAAUAAACAUUACGGCUUACAUCUUUUA